GCGAAUUCAUUAAGUGCUUAAGAGUUUUUUGUUAAUUUUUUAAAAAUAGUUUGAAAGCAAGAUGCGUGCGAGUGCUGUAACGAGUUGUUUAGUGCUGUUAUUUCAUAGUGUUUGCUGCAAGGAGGAUGCAUGGAUUGAACCACAUGCAUGGUCUGAAUUGUCGGCGUCACAAUCUAGAGUUGGAGAUGCAUGUGAAUGCACAAGCGAGACGCUGGCGGGUAAAUCAAUUGCUGCAAUUGAUGAUCAGCUAGCAUUAACAUACUUUAGGAAAUUCGUCAACUCGUUAUUUAGCCGUAAAAGCCUACAGUAUAGCGAAAAGACGAAGCUGUAUAAAACGUCGCUGUUGUUUACAUUGCUACCAGCACAAGUUGAACAACUAGAGACCGCAGAAGAUGUGCGAGAUAUUGACAUUGUGCUCAAUAAAAUAUUAAAUGAGAUGAAGUCAAUGCCAUUAUAUGCUGAUGGCAGUUCUGGUGAUUAUUUCUACACGCAUCAGAGCAUGGGAGUUCGCGCGCUCAUAACAGAUAUAUUCAAAGAUCUGGCGCAGCUGCUUACGAUCUCCGAGGUUAAAUUCAUGCUGGCUGUACUGUUUACAAUUUUACUAGUCUGGUUUGUGCACAAACGCUAUCGCUUUUCAGUGCUUAUCAUUGUUAUAAGCUUUGUGUUCCUGUAUGGCUACUUCUAUACCUAUUUGGAGUGCAAUAGAAAACUGGAGGUUGAUGCAAUGCUAGAAGUAAUUGAUGAUCAUCAGAAGAAUACGGAUACAAGCGAAAAGAAUUGGUUUUCACGGAUGUUCAGCUACUUUUCCAAUGAGUCACCAGAAACGCAACAGAAACGGAAGCUGCACAAAGCAAGCAGAAUUCAGCUGCCUUAUUGCCGGCCAGAUCAUGUGUUUAUUAUGUACACAAGUGAAAUAUUUAUUAAGCAAAUUGAAAUGUUAUUGGAAAAGACAACGCAAACGAUGUCCACCUUGAAUUCUCAAUUAUCCUGGCCUUUCAACUUAAUUGCGCCUUUUGCCCUAGUCGCGUUAAUAGGUUACUUGCUUAAAUUAACUUUCAAGUAUAUAAUAAGUCCAAAGGUAUGGAUGGGUUUCCUGCACGGCCGUCCACAAGCGCCAAGAGCGAACAUAACGGAAAGCAUUGCUAACGAAGCAACUGGAGAUCGUCUGUCGGGUGAUAAUCUUAAAAUGUUGCUAAACGUUAUCACUGCUACGAAUAAUACACAAACGCAGCAGCAAUUGCCACAAGCAGUCUCAGGCGUCCAGGAGGUUUUGGAGCUUGAGUUUAUAGAAGCCGUAAAGACAAGCAAAGCAGAGAGUUCGCCGGAGUCAAAGUCAAAGUCGAAGACAAAUUCGAGCGAAAAACUAAAUAGCAGUUCAUCCUCUGUAGAUUUAGCUCAAGAAGCUGGCUUUACAUUUGUGGCUGAUAACAAAGAUGUUGAGGACAUAGUCAGUCUUUAGUACCGCUUAGCAUCUUAGAUUGUAUUAAGUGUAAUGUGCGUGAUCAUAUAUUAAUCUGUAGAUUCCAAAAACCAAUUGAUAUUUUGUCAUAGUUAAAUUAUACUUUAUUUAAAUUUUUACGUGUACUUAUUUCAUUUCAUGCACGAUUAUUAUUAUUAUUAUAAGUUUAAUCUCCAACAAUAAGAUUUUCAUUAAGUGUCAAUAGCAGGCCUCUCAAAACAGUAUAUUAUAUAUGUUUUUAUUCUUUCAUAGUUUUACUAAACCAACGGCCAAUUUAAAAUCGUACAUAUGUAUACCAAUAAUGUCAUUUGUUAAACUAAAUUUUUCAUAUAUAUAUUUACAACGUAUUUGCGAUUAGCAUUGAACAUUCUGUCUGUUAUGAUUUUUUGCAUAUAUGAAAAUGUAAGCAUAAACAACUAAUGCGC